AUGAACGAAAUUUUUGCUCAAGCUAAAAGUAUUCUUGUUGUUGGGGUUGAUGAUGUUGAUCCAGAAAAUUUACUACCUUUUCGAGAAAUAAUACAAACAAAAGCCCAACAAGCACAUAUUACAUUCGAAAAUGUACAAAUGUUAAUCGAAUCUCGACGUGCAACAUCAUCAUUUGAUAUUAUUCUAUUUGAUUUAAUUAGUAAAACAGAUGAACCAACAAGUAUUGAUUUAUUAAAUGAAUUUUUUCGUUUAUUACAUCCAAAUGGUUAUCUCAUAACACAUAUUGAACAUACUAAACAAACACAAGCUAUAGAUCAUUUUAAAAUGUGUGGAUUUAGUAGUUAUAAUCCAUUAGAUUCAAAUUCAUCAUUUUUAAUUGAAAAUAAAAAUGAUGAUGUUAAACGACGAGGUUCAUUAUGGUUAUGUCAAAAACCUUCAUUCGAUGUUGGUUAUUCAGUACCAUUACGAAGAGCAGGUGUUAAGCUAAUCAAACAAAUAUCAACAACAGGUGGAGGAAAAAAAACAUGGACAGUUGAAGAUGAUAGAGAUGAUUUAAUUCAUGACAAUAAUCAAAAAAAAUCUGAGGUUAAAAAUUGUGAUACAACAUCAUCUGGUGAUCAAAAAGCUUGCAAAACUUGUACGUUUGGUUUAGCACAAGUAUUUGAACAAGAAAAACACAUAAAAGCUCAGGAAAAUUAUUCUUUGAGUGAUACUUCUCGAUAUGCUGGUUGCCUUGCACAUGGUUUACCAUCAUCUAAACCUGGUGAACGCGUUAAUUUUCCAACAGUGUCCGACGUUUGA